AAGAGUUAUAGGGAACAUGUGUGCUUGUGUAUAGGGAAUUGAGCCGGCUGCUGUAGGAUCGGAUAGUAUAUAAAACAAAGUGCAGAUGUGAUGUUGAAGAUUUAAUAGAAACAUGGAGUAAAGUGGUGUGUCUGUUAUUUGGCUGUAAAUGUUUUUUCGGGAAUUAAUAACCAGUCUGUGGACUAUUUUAUGGCAAUUUUCUGGAAAUUGGACAAUGAACACAAUCAUGAAGAGAGAAAAAUGCAAAGGCAAUGCAGAUGAGAUUUAUACUUUCCCAUCAUUUCAUGCACACUUCAUAUGCGGUUAAUAGACAAGGAUUUUCUCAUUUGUUUUUAAAUCCUUGUGAAUAAGCUCUUAGUUAAUAAUUAAGUGCUAGGUCCUUGAAAAAAAUAGUUUCCAACUCAAAGUCAGUGUGUUCUCACCAAGCAGUGUAAAUAGGUUCUUAAAAGGAAAAUAAAAAAAUAAAGUGGUGUACAACUUAUGUAGCUGGACACGUGGGGACGUGCAUUUGAAAUGCUCUGUGAACUUUUAUAAUUGUUCAAAAUACUAGGAAAUCAGAAAAUGUCAACACCAGAGAAAGUGCCACCAGACAAGGUAAACUCUAUUAAAACAACGGAAAACAUAAUAUUUCAUUGUGGCAGAAAAUCAGAAAAAUAAGAGUUAAACAGAAUUUACCUUUGCAUUGGACAAACGUGGCUAAAACUGUUGCUAAAACUAAUAGCUGUUGAUUGAUAUUUCGUGUCUGGAAUCUUAUAGAAGGGAUUACAUGGAGUGUUCAGGAUAUAUUCAGACAAAUCAAUGUCUGAUAGUGGAAUAAAAGUGCCAGGAAUUGAUUCAAGUACCAGAGCAAUUGGAGCAAUCCAUGACUGAUUGGAAUCGCUUCAGGUGAAAAGUGCAUCACUGUUAUUUGUGUGUCUUCACUUUGAAUCAUGGAAUGGGAUAGCUUAAAACUUGAACCCAUAUAACUGUGACUAGAUACUUCUGGAUUUAUGAUUGUCUUGUUGUUUUGAAACACCUCAAGCAGAAAAGUUUGAACUUUUAUAAGUUCAUAUCUAGGAAAGAACAUAUCUAGGAGUAGGAGUAGCUGUAAACAUUAAUUUAUCUCGCUGACCCAGGGCUACCCUGGCGAUAUAGAUGCACGCGGGGGUGUUGUCAGGAUGGACAAGUGUUUACCCUUGGGGGCCCUGGAUGUGUUCCGGGCACGUAGCUCCCCGGGGUCAGGACCGGGGGAGGGGGAUGCUACUUCCCCACCCAUCAUCAUAGGGGACAUGAGCCUCUACUACUACAAGCAGCUCGCACAGAGUCUAGGGGAUGAUGAGAUGCAGCAGAAGAUCGACUAUGAGAUCAAGAUGCGGGAGGGGACGGCGCGGCUGCUGGCUGCCUCCAAGCACCCGACACAGCUCAUGGAGGCCGCGAAGAAUCUUCUCACCAGCAACACUCGCAUCAUCGCGUACAUGGCUGAGCUACAGCGGCGGAAAACUGCACAGGUCCUUGGCAAAAGCAUGGACAUUGAGGGGAGCCAGACUCCGUGUCAAGCGAAGCUGAAUGUGUCCGACCUCCGUAUUCCACUCAUGUGGAAGGACUCCGACCACUUCAAGAACAAAGGAGACCACCGUCGUUAUGCAGUGUUCUGUCUGGUGAAGAUCGGCACAGAGAUUUACGAUACGGCGCUCAUCUCGAACGUAGACCGGAAUAUGACUGACCUGUCCUUCGAUGACGUCAUUGCUUUUGACAACAUUCCCCACGACUUUGAGUGUGUGAUAGAGAUCUACUGCCACAAGCUACACGAGGACCUCACCAUGGCCAGUACGCCACGGAAACUCAAGAAGAAGGUAGCAGGCAUCUCCGAGUCCGUCGGCCGGUCCGUCGGUAAACGACUGUCGGGUCUUCAUGACUCCGACAUCAUGGGAAACAUGGUCUUAGGUCCGAAGUUCGAGAUGGUAGCUAGUGGAGUUCUGAGUCUACAGGAUGUCGAUGAUGUGGUGCGCACAUUUGAUCUCAAACUGGAAGUGCCAAAUGACUCGGUUGGUUGUGAGUUGCCUCUCUUUGGUCACUACUGCUGUCGACUGGCGGCUCUGCCCCACUGUCUGGUUCAACCUGUUGUCUCUGGCUACCUCAACCUUCAUGAGGAUGAUGACCUGUCCAAGUGGAAGCGCUAUUGGUGCAUACUGAAGAACCUCCAACUCAGUUGUUGGUCAUCCCCGGACGAUGUAGAAGUCACUGCACCUCUCCUUACCAUACCUGUUACAAAGAACACCCAGAUCUGUGAGGCAGACCCAAGAACGAGCCAGCGGGCGCACACUUUCCAUACAAAGACCCUUGGGGAGCGAUUCAUCUCAGAGACGACGUUCGCCGCCGACAAUCAGGACCAGCUCACUAUGUGGUGGGAUGGCCUACAACAACACCUGCUGGAUCAAGCAUUCUGGAAGCAGGCGUGUGAGUUUGUGAUGGAUGUACAAAGAGCGCCAAACAGGAAGAGCUCCAUCAUGUCGCGUAAAACCUCCAUAUACGAUGAUACUCGACUACCUGAAGCGAGCGAGCCGUUACGGUUGUCAGAGGACCUACGAGUCGAGGAUGACAAGUUGACGGCCAUGUUGACGACGCUGAUGGGCGAGGCGAAGGAGAUACGAAGCGGCAGUAUACAGUCCACGAGCUCCUCGAGUUGCGGCAGUCUACGAUCCACCGCAUCUAGCUAGCACUGGGAAGACUUAGUGAUAAUUAUAAUCUGACUGUCAUUGUGAACAGUGAUGAAUGAGUGUGUGGAUUGCGAUACUACCCUGGCACUCAACUAGACAUCAACAAGCUGAUGCAGCCUUCUCUCCACAGUUUGUAGCUCACUUUGAGAGAGCAUGUAAUGUGUGUCACCUCAGCUCAUCUGAAUAUUAACUAGACAAUACAGUUAUAGAUGUAGUCAGGCUGUCCAUAGAAACAAUGAUUGUGUUGUUUGACAACAGUUACUGUGUUGGGAUGUUGAUGCUUCAAUGUUCUUCAGCUUCGGCCGUCUUCAAUCCAAUGCAUCUGUUCAGCUCUCCAAGUAUUGAGUUGCAGGCAUUGUAAUACUUAACUUCAAUAAUGACUGUAUUGUUGAGUUAUUCUGCAAUAGCUAGCCAACAGUCGGGUCUGGUGUUAUGGCAGGUACAAGAAGUAACCUCCAGGGUUAGUCAUCCUCCCAUAAACUCUGACAGUGAUACACAUGUUAUUGUUUGUUGUGGAGUAUUCCUCUUAUCACAGUAGGGCACAUCGGAAUCGGCAUUCUCUUAAAAAGUGAUUGUGUUUCACCGAGUUGUUACCAUUUUGAUUAUAAUGAUUAUUUUUGCAGAAAACAUUACUGAAAAUGAUCAUUUAAAUAAAUUUAUGAUUUAGCAAUAAAAUGCAAAAAGAAUGGAUCAAUAAAAAAUCAUUAGAAACAAGGACCAACACAGCAAUAUGUUGCCUUAAGACUCCUGUUGAUUUUACCUGAUAGUUAAAGCAUUCAUGCUGGUUUUAUUGUGUUACCUGCAAGCAUAAGGAUUACUGUGUCCCAUCUUCAUGGGCGUUAAAAUUUCAUUUUCUGAUCAAUAACUUUUGAAUGACUGUAGUGUCAUAUUUGGUAUGCACGUUGGUCAUAGUCUGUAGAUGACCUCUCUUGAUAUUCAGGUCAGUAGAUUAAAGGUGAAGGUCACAGAGUCCUUUACUAGAGAAAUGAUGGGUGCUUCUGACAGGUAACCAUCUGAUUUCACUAAAUUCUAGUUGUUUUCUUUUAUUAUGACCAGUAUUGUCUUUCCAAAGAUACAAAGUCGAAGGCUUUAUUAUGUAACCAGUAUUUAUAAUCUAGACUUUUGAGUGUUUCAAAGAAAAUAGAAAAAUGUAUUUUCUUGAUAGUUUGAAUGGUUAUUUAUUAAAAACUGACUGUUUUAAUUAUGUGAGCUUUAUCCUAUUUAACUUCUAUUGUUUUAAAAUCGUCUUGAAAGGUUGUAGUCACCAAAUACAAUAAUGAUAUAACUGCUGCAUGUCGAUCUGGGAGGUUGUAUUUGACCUAAGGGCUAUUCCAUUUAAGCAUAUACCCCCCCAGGGGGAAAGGCAAUUUUAAAUUAUGCCACGCCACUACAAAGACAAAUUUAGGCUUUUGGGGUUCAAAUUAGCGAAAAAAGACACCCACCCAUUUACUAUGAAAAUAAUUGCCUUCUCCCCGGUGGUAAUAUGUUUUACUGGAAAAGCCCUAAAUGGAUUUUUGUAGAUUCUGAUAACAUGAUGCUCUAGCAGUGGGAAAGCAAAGUCUGCAAGUAUCCACAAGAGUCAAAUACGAUCUUAAUUUCACAAUAUAUAUAUGUUUUUGGUUAAAUUAUUCAGAAGUCACGUUGUAGCAUAUUGCAUUAUAUUUUAAUAAUGCACUUUUUUGUUAUUUGACAUCAUUUUAACAUUGCACGAGGUAAAGCGUAAUUUUCUAGAUUUUUGAUUGGUGUUUAUCAAACACAGUUUACUGUAUGUUUUUGCUUUUAAUAUUUCGUAAUGCAACUAUUUAGUUUUCCAGUGAAACUGUUGACGAUCACAAUGUACACAAUUACAUAUGAUAUACAUUAUCCACAUUUUCAGGCUUGUACCUAUAUUUUCGCUUUUGAAUGCAAUAGGUACUAAGUGACACAUGUUAACAACAUAGUUAUGUGACACAUGUGUGCUACAUAGUUAUGUGAAACAUGUGAAUUACAUAGUUAUGUGAAACAUGUGAAUUACAUAGUUAUGUGAAACAUGUGAAUAACAUAGUUAUGUGAAACAUGUGAAUUACAUAGUUAUGUGAAACAUGUGAAUUACAUAGUUAUGUGAAACAUGUGAAUAACAUAGUUAUGUGAAUCAUGUGAAUAACAUAGUUAUGUGAAUUACAUAGUUAUGUGAAACAUGUGAAUAACAUAAUUAUGUGAAACAUGUGAACUACAUAGUUAUGUGACACAUGUAUACCACAUAGUUAUGUGACACAUGUGAACUACAUAGUUAUGUGACACAUGUAUACCACAUAGUUAUGUGACACAUGUAUACCACAUAGUUAUGUGACACAUGUAUACCACAUAGUUAUGUGACACAUAUGUACUACAAAGUUAUGUUACACAUGUAUUCAACAUAGUUAUGUGACAUAUGCAAACAACAUAUUUAUGUGGCACAUGAAUACUGCAUAGUUAUGUGACACAUGUAUACCACAUAGUAAUGUGACACAUGUAUACCACAUAGUUAUGUGACACAUAUGUACUACAAAGUUAUGUUACACAUGCAUAUUUUGUGACACAUGUGUAUAGCAUUGUUAUAUACAACAGCAUAUAGAUUAAAUGCUCACUUUCUUUAUGAUAGUUCAAAAUUGCAAGCCCUUUUGUUAUCUGUACUUUGAAUGUACGCUGAAAAGACAUAUGAAAUGAUGUCAUGAGUAUGGUUUAAUGUAAUUGAUACCCGUGACUUAUCUGACCUUUUUAAUAGAUAAUAGUAGUGCAUAAAUUAAAUGAUGCUGCAGUUACAUGGUUCUAUAAUGUCAGGGAUGGAAGAAAAUGUCUUUGCAUCAGUAUUUAAGGUACCCCUUGUUCAAUUAUGUGAAAUCUUGAUGCCUGUUGACCUUUUAUUAUGUUGGUUUCAUCUGAGAGUGUUAGAUGUGUAGGGAAAAAAGAUGCCAAUUUUUUUUAUUUGAAUUACAAACGAGCCUUUUGGGCCAUGAAAGAUUGUAAACUAGGCCAUUACACACCAGAUUUCAUUCAAAAUAAAGAGCAAUAACACAAAUUGUAAUAAAUCUUAUUUAUCUAUUGUAAAUUACUCAUUUCAUUCACAUAUAUCAGUUUUUUAGCAAGCAAUUUGAAAUGAAACCAAAAUUUUAUGGGAUCACCAGGUAUCCAAAGCUUAGCAUCAUUUCCAAUGGUUCGAUGAAAUGACAGGCUUAUGUGUACAUGACUACUUUAAGUGCUCAUGUAUAUUGAUAAGGCCAAAAUAAUAAAAUGGUUUGGUUAGGGUUACAUUCUUUUAAAAAACUGGUAGGGUAGGUAGGCUUUUUUUCAUUUCUUUAUAAGGUUAUGUAGGAACGUUAUUGUUAUCACUGGAGAAUUGUGUUCAAUAUUUUUUUCUGUUUAAAUCUUAAAAGGAUUAAAGUUCAUAUUAAAAUACACACUAAUUUUUUUUUUUUUUUCCCAACUGGCUAUUAACAUGGUAGGGGUGGCCACGCCUAUCCGGAACGAAAUAUAUUUCUUUUUUAGGCCUAAGAAUGGAGCUUUCAUUGUAUCUAUGUGUUCAUAACAUAAUUUAUCAGGUAUUGUAUAUAUUUAUUGCAGUAUUUUUGCUGUACAUAUUGUAAAAUAACGCAUUGAUUGCUUAUUUGUUAAAAAGCAUUUGUGUGCUAGAAAUUUUACAUUGAACAUUGCCCUUGUAUUUGUAACUCCAAUUUAAGCUCUUUUAUUAACCAAUGGCAUUUUUUACUUUUUUAAUGAUUUAAACGAUUUUUUGAAGGUGAUGCUGUUUACAUUUUUUUAAUUUUUCGAAUUUUAAUACAAAGGCUUGUCUGUUUUUGGCCAGUUCUUUCACAAUUUUAGAUAUUUGAUUUAAACAUUAACUUAAACAAUUUUACAUGGAACAUAAUUUGUGGGGUUACUGACAGGAGGUUCCAUGAGACAAAUCUUCUUGUAUUAACCUUCUGGUAUUAGCGCCACAAUGUAAGGUGUAGUUGAUUGAUGUGGAAAAACAAACAAGACUGUAUUGUUGUAAUUUUUUGUGUAAUUUUUAUUUUUUUAUUUUAAACAGAUCAGCUUUGUAUGUAAAAUCAUUUGGAAGUCACAGUAUAUGGAAGUUUACUUUUUAAAAUAUAUCUAUUACUCACCAGUAUCUUGAUUCAGCUCUUGAUAAUGUAUGUUUGUGUACAUUUUCCGAAAAGGGCUUUUGGAAACACAGAUUACUUGACAGAAGCUUUAGGCUUGUUUGUAUAAAUUUAUCACCACAUUAAAACUCCAUAUUUGUGCAUCUGUAGAUUCCUACACUGCUGAGUAGCCAUGAAAUUAAUUAAAACUAGCUACUCCCAUAUUUGUCAGCAUAGCUUUUUCUGCCACAAUUAUUGCAAGUUUAAUUAUAUAUGUACACCAUUAUUUUUUGAUGAAAUUAUGAAAAUAACACACCUAAUGAUAUUCAUAAGCAUAACAACAUUUAUUUACAAUCCCUGACUUUUUUGUACGAUUUUCUAAAAAUACAAAAAAGUACAACCAUAAGAAAGUUACAAUUAAUUGAAAAUGGUGUUCAUUUAGGUUAAAUAAACCUAUAAGAUAGGGGUGAACUAUUUGAUUUGGUCAUUGAAUGAUUAUUUAAUAUUUAUAUAUUAUUAACCUCUAUAUCUUUGAAUAUUGCACACUAUUUGUUUUGGUUUGUCAUGUUUCCUGAACAAUGGAACACUGCCCUGUUGAAAGGCUUUAGGAUAUUGAAAUGGCUUAGAUUGUUUAAAUCUACCCAUUCUGUAGAUUUAAAAAAAGGAUGAAUUAAAUAUUAAGAAACCAU